AUGUCGAUACCUUCCAGCCCGCCGCCCAAACAGGUGCGUGUCGCCAUCGUCGGAUCGGGUCUUACCGGUCUCGUGGCCACCUACCUCCUCACAGCAUCUUCCAACAACAACGCUCCCAACAUCACCGUCGACAUCUUCGAACGAGCUUCCACGCUCGGAAUGGACAGUGCGAGCAUUUCGGUUCCCCUGCCUCUUUCAUCCAGCGCAUCGCAUCCCGUCCCUGUCGGUCUCGAUGAGGAGGGGAAUCGCUCGCGCAAGCGUCUCAAGGUGCAACCGCCGCCUGACAGCGUGUUGCGCAUCGACGUACCCAUGCGUGCCUUCACGGGCGGGUACUAUCCCCAACUCCUUGCGCUCUACCGACAUUUGGGGGUCCAGACCAAGAAGACCAACUUUACCUACUCGUUCGCUUCGCUCCCCUCCCCAUCGCCCUCGAAAGCAUCGCACAUCACGCCUUCGCCCAACAUCCUCUACAACGGCGCCAACGGCUUUCGUGGCCUCAGCCUGCCCUUCUCCCUUCAACCGCCACGCCCGAUCCAAGUGCGCAGCGUGCUCGAGCAGGUCAGCCGUGUUCGAGAGUACUUUGGAUCGGUAUUGAUGCUCGCCGUGGGUUACCUGCAGCUGCUUAUUCUUGCGCUCUGGCAUCAUCAUCUGGGUCAUACGUGCGAUGUGACGCAUCCGAUCCGCGAGCAUACGCUGCGCGAUCUGGUCCGCGACCCCUUCCCUCGGCGCUCCUCCGCUUCGAAAGGUCGUUCGUACACACUGCGAUCCCGGGUAGGCCACUGGGUUGAGCGAGGCGCGGAAGACAUCUUGCGCCGCUGGGUCGGAUUGGAUGAGGGAUUCGCACACCAAACGCUCACACCCCUGUUUAGCGCCGUGAUGACCUCGACGCUCGACAGCGUCUGGUCGUGUCCUGCGUCCGAAGUGCUCGAUUAUAUCGCACUGACGUUGGGCAAAGAUCAUUUUGUUGUCAAGGACGGGGUGCGGACGGUGGUGGCCAAGUUGCUACGGUAUGUGGAUGCAGAGUCAUCCUCACAGCGAGACGAGAGGAGCGCGGGGAGCAAGGUGUGGACAAAUGCUGAGGUGAGGUGUGUGCAUCGACGGGAGGGGGGAUCGUGGGUGGAGGUGGUUUAUCACGAUGGAUCUAGCUCGCGGUCGAGCCCGGCAGGCAGUGCAGAUGCAGAAGGUAUGUCCCGCCAAACAUCCAGUUCAUCCGACCGCACCCUCUGCAGCGAGGUGGAGGAACACGGUCCCUUCGACCACAUCAUCUUUGCCACGCAGGCCAACCAGACGGCGCACUUUUUGCGGCAGUACAUCGACAGUCUCACCCCCGACGCUGAAGCGGAAAGGCUACGUGGCGUGGUCGACGUGCUGGAGCGGUUCAAGUACGAAAAGAGCCUGGUGGUGAAUCAUACGGAUCGAAGGAUGUUACCGCGCCACGAAGGGGACUGGAGGGAUUUGAACCUCGUUUCGCCCACCCACCACCGUGGGGAGGAGGAGGACGAAUGGGAGUCCGAUAAUGCAUCCAACGACACGCUCGUUUCGAGUGACGGGUAUACGAUGGCCACCCACAUCCUCACCCUCCCACCCACAGCAAGGGAACUGCUCAUCAUGCAAACCACCAACCCUCUCCCCUCGCUUCAGCCGGAUCCAGCCCACGUGCUGUCCAGGUCGACCUUCGAGCGCGCCGUGAUCGAUGUCGAAGCGCAUGUUGCGCGGCAGGGGCUCUUCACCCAUUCGCCAAAGGGUGCUGUCCAGACUGCCGGCGGACGACGUCUCGCCCUCGGCCCGCUGCAGGCUGGUGCGGGGGGAGUGUGGGUGUGCGGCAGCUGGGCCGUGGGCAUCCCGCUAUUGGAAGGGUGCGUUGUCUCAGCACAAUUGGUUGCGGAAGAGAUUCUCACGUUGGAAGGUGCCACUAUUCCUGCCUACGCCCGCUGGUAA